AUGGAGACAUUGGAAAAUCUGCUUUUUGAAGCAGCAGCUGAAGGAAACGUGAAUUCUUUGAAGACGCUGCUUCAAGAAGAUCCAAUAAUUCUUGAUAGAGUUAUAGUUAAUAGUUACUCUGAUACUCCUUUGCACGUAGCAGCAAUAUUGGGACAUAUCGAUUUUGUGAAGGAAAUCUUAAGACGAAGACCUGAAUUUGCACGAGAAUUGAAUUUAUGUCAAUCACCGCCUCUCCAUUUGACAUCCGCUAAAGGUCAUAUAGAGGUAGUUAGAGUGCUGUUAUCUGCUAAUCCUCUAAUGUGCCUAGCUCGUGAUAGAAAUGGUCUGACGCCUCUCCAUCUGGCAGCCAUCAAAGGCCGGAUUGAAGUCGUGAAAGAGUUGGUUCGUGCAAAACCUGAUGCAGCUCUAGUGAUCGUGGGUCAAGGGCAGACUAUUCUACAUUUGUGGGUGAAUUACUAUCAGAUUGAGGCCUUAAAGCUCUUAGUGAAUAAUAUUAGAGAUCAAGAUUUCACAAAUUGUAAAGAUAGUGUUGGAAAUACUAUUUUACACUUGGCAUUAGCUGACAAACAAGUUGAGACAGUUAAAUUUUUGCUUAUGGAUUUUGCAACGGAAGUUAACUCUCAGAAUCUCUGUGGGAUGACUGCAAUCGAUGUUCUGAUCCGUAGUCGGAUUGAUGUGAGGGAUGAAUUGAAGAAACUGUGA